AAUGGCGACGCCGAUGCUGCGAUCUGCCGUUGCUGGCCUCGCGCUCCGGCGAUCGGCAAGCCUGAGGCUUCCUGCUCGCCCCGCGUCGGCCGUUUCCUUCGGCAGCAACACCGCCGCCGGCCGGUUCGAGAAGCGUCAUGUCGACGAGAAGAACGACGAGUCAGAUGCAGCACGGCGACGACGCAACCAAGAAAGACAUGGCAUCUCUCGAGGCCACGCCGGUGAUUCUGGUGAUUCUGCUUGGAUGAUGAUGAUGUUGGACGACGACAGGCCUCCUUCCACCGGACCAGACUCUACUGCGGGCUCCUCCUCCACCUCCCGUGCGUCUGCGGCGGCAGAGUUGGACGUGUCCUCGCCGUCGUCGGGGGGCUUCUGGGGCGAGGAAAGCUCCUCGUCGUGGGGCUCGGGAGGAGGGGACUCAGGCUUCGGAGGAGGGGGCUGCUCGGGAGACUAG